GUCGGUUUCUGUUUCAAAGGCCGGUUUUGACUCUGUUUCUCCUUCUUCUUCCUUCUAUAGUCUCUCUUACCUAUUUGAUCUCCUCUUCCUUCUUUCUUUCCUUCACUCAGAUUUUUGUCAGCUUAAACAAAUCAUUUCUAUUCUUUAUUCGAAUCAUCGAGCUACAACAAACAAACAGAACACAAAACACACCAAAAAAUAUUUAUAUAUCUCUUACACUUCUUCCAAUUCUUCUCCCAUCAGAUUCUUCUUUCAAACUUUAAAACUUUUCCAAGAUUUCUUUUUUUCUAAUACCAAGCACAAAAUUUUCCCGGAAAAAACAGAGGAAAACAAAGGAAAAAUGAAUUAUCGACGAAAACAGAGUGCUAUAACUAACUCUGCCGUUGUCUUUAUCAUCAUCUCCGCCGUAUGUUUUCUCUCCGGCGGUGUCUCUGGUUUGGGAGUAAACUGGGGAACAAUGGCGAGUCAUCAGUUACCGCCGAAGACGGUGGUGGAGAUGCUUAAAGACAACAAUAUACAGAAAGUGAAGUUGUUCGAUGCCGACACAAACACCAUGGGAGCUCUCGCCGGCUCCGGCGUCGAAGUGAUGGUGGCUAUCCCUAAUGAUCUGCUCCUAGCGAUGGGAAACUAUCAAAGAGCUAAAGAUUGGGUCCAAAGAAACGUCUCUAGAUUCAACUUUAACAACGGCGUUAAGAUCAAAUACGUUGCAGUGGGGAACGAACCGUUCUUGACAGCGUACAACGGAUCAUUCAUAAACCUAACGUACCCAGCACUCUUCAACAUCCAAACCGCUUUAAACGAGGCUGGAGUUGGUGAUUUUACCAAAGCCACCGUUCCUUUAAACGCCGACGUUUACAAUUCUCCUCCGGACAAUCAAGUCCCAUCCGCCGGAAGAUUCCGUUCCGACAUUAUCCAAGAAAUGACACAAAUCGUUAACUUCCUCGCACAGAACAAAGCUCCUUUCACAGUCAACAUUUAUCCUUUCCUCAGUCUCUACUUAAGCAGCGACUUUCCUUUCGAAUACGCUUUCUUUGACGGCCAAAACACCGUUAACGAUAACGGCGUUAUCUACACGAACGUCUUCGACGCUAGUUUCGACACGCUUUUAGCUUCUUUAAACGCGUUGAAUCACGGUAACAUGGAAGUGAUUGUUGGAGAAGUUGGUUGGCCUACGGAUGGUGACAAGAACGCAAACGUUCCAAACGCGGAACGGUUUUAUUCCGGUUUGCUUCCGCGGUUGGCGAACAACGUUGGAACUCCUAUGCGUAAAGGUUACAUUGAGGUUUAUCUUUUCGGAUUUAUCGAUGAAGAUGCGAAAAGUGUAGCGCCAGGGAACUUCGAACGUCAUUGGGGGAUAUUUAAAUUUGAUGGCCAACCGAAAUUCCCGGUAGAUUUUCGUGGACAAGGUCAGAAAAAGUUCUUAACGGGAGCUCAAAACGUUCAGUACUUUCUGAACCAGUGGUGUAUGUUUAAUCCUAAUGGUCGUGGUAAUAUGAGUAGGCUCGGAGAUAAUAUAAACUACGCGUGUUCGCAUUCGGACUGUACCGCUUUAGGUUAUGGAUCAUCUUGUGGCAAUCUUGAUGCGAAUGGAAACGCAUCUUACGCGUUUAAUAUGUAUUUCCAAGUGCAAAAUCAGGAAGCUCAGGCGUGCGAUUUUGAAGGGCUUGCAACGAUUACUACUCAAAAUAUAUCUCAAGGACAAUGUAAUUUUCCAAUUCAGAUUGGAGAGCCAUCUUCUGGUCAUUAUGAUUAUAGCUAUGGUUCGAUGGUUAGGUUGUGUUUGGUGAUGAGUGGCUUGGUCUUUCUUCUCAUAUAGAACAAUGAGAUUAUAGUAUUUGAUUUGUUGUAUAUGACUGAUUUAUUCUUGGUUCAUCAAUCAUUUGAAGGUUUUGUUCCAUCGGAUCAAAUUCAUAACAUAUUUUUUUCUUUUUGUUUGACUUCUUGCUGACUAAUUAACUUUGAUAUUCCUCGGUCUGUUUUUUAAUAAAGGAUUAAAGAGAUAAGAAGAGUACACAAACCUUAACAAAAUAACGUAAUAGAUAAUUAAACGUAUAGGGAUGUUGUAACGUUAUGAUAAGAAGAGUACACAAACCCUAAUUCUUAUCUCCGAGAACAGAGCACAUAAAGCAGAGCUUGAGGUUGUAUUUGACUGGUUAUUGAUACAUGGAUUAUUGAUGUUUCUUUUCAUCAGAUCAAAUCCAACGUUUGAAAUUUGAAAGCUUUUGAUUUUAUAAGAAGACUAAUAACCACUCUCUUUCUUUACAAGAGACAGCCACCAUUAGCCAUGAUGACUUGACCGUUGAUCCAUUCGCCAGCAUCACUGGCUAAGAACCCAACAACAGGUGCGAUGUCUUUGGUCUCACCGAUCCUACCAAAUAAGUUCUGUGACUUAACUUUCUCAACAAUCUCAUUGCUCAAUCCUGUGUAAAACAUUUCUGUGGCGACGGGACCCGGAGAAACACAGUUAACUGUGAUCUCUGUUCCUUUGAGCUCUUUUGCAA